AUGCGCAUCGCGUCCGUCGGGCACAUGAGCCGAAAGCCACCAGUUCCAGUUUCCCGCCUUCGCCGCAGACUAGGAAGGUGCAUCGAGAUAACUUUGCCAUUCCUGGUCUGGUCAACAAGGACCGCGGACACCGAAGGGCCAGUGGCUGAAACUCCAGAUACCAAAUCUUCGACAUCUUCAAAGGCCGAAGGCAGGGCGGCACCUCUCACACGACCCGCUGAUUGCAAUGUCAUUCGUAAUGAGGCUUGUCUGGUUAAUUUGGCUGGCCAGAACGGCUUGCCAAAGAUAGUAAAGAUCGAAGACAACCGUUUCGAAGAUCAGCCGCAUGUGGACGAACGUGGACGAUCCCGUAUAACUAUGAAAAUUCUUGAUGACGAUUGCUCACGCAGUCAUCAACCCUCCCAGGCUCCCACGCUCUUGUGGACCUGGCGUCGGCAAAAUCUUCAGACCUCCAAAAUUUAA